GCUCCUGCCUCUGCUCCUGUGCUGCUCCUGCCUCUGCUCCUGUGCUGCUCCUGCCUCUGCUCCUGUGCUGCUCUUGUUCUGCUCCUGCCUCUGCUCUUGCCUCUGCUCCUGUGCUGCUCUUGUUCUGCUCCUGCCUCUGCUCCUGCCUCUGCUCCUGCCUCUGCUCCUGUUCUGCUCCUGCCUCUGCUCCUGCGCUGCUCCUGCCCUCAGGCUCGGCCUUUUCCGCCCUGUCCAGCCGCCAGAUACACUCCGGAGCACCAGGAAUUUCCAGGAACGCCGGGCACGCAGCGCUGCAGCCGCCUCCAGCCCCCCCAGGCAGCACUGCGGAUAAACACACAAACAACCUCCCCGCCCGGGCUCGAUGCCGCGAGCACCCGCCGCCGGCAGCAGCGUCUCGUUCCUCAGCCUCCUCCCUCGGGAGCCCGUUAUUUUUCACGGGAGAGACGAGAGAAAAGAGGCUGCGGCAGCUCCGGGGGCGGGUCGGAACCCGGGGGGUCCCGCAGGUCGGACCCCGGUGGUCCCGUAAAUCGCACCCCGAGCCCCGCUGGUCCCGCAGGUCGGACCCUGAACCCGCUGUUCCCGCAGAUCGGACCCGCAGAUCCCGCUGUUCCCGCAGAUCCCGCAGAUCCCGCCCCGCCCGCCAUGGCGCCUCCCGCCGCGCCCCGCGCCCGGCUCUCCCGCUCCGUCACCUUCAGCGCCUGCCACCGGCUGCACAGCAAAUCACUGAGCGAGGAGGAGAACCGGAAGGUUUUUGGGAAAUGCAACAACCCGAACGGCCACGGGCACAACUAUAAAGUUAUAGUCACUGUCUGUGGAGAGAUUGACCCUGUUUCAGGAAUGGUUAUGAACCUGACAGACCUGAAAGAAUAUAUGCAGGAGGCGAUCAUGGAGCCGCUCGACCACAAAAACCUGGAUAAGGAUGUGCCCUACUUUGCUGAGGUGGUGAGCACCACAGAGAAUGUUGCAGUGUUCAUCUGGGAAAACCUCAAGAAGCUCCUGCCUGUGGGAACCCUUUAUAAGGUCAAAGUGUAUGAAACAGACCAGAACGUUGUUGUUUAUAAAGGAGAAGAGACAAUCUCUGAGAAGUGACAUGGGCUGGAGGUCGGUUGGUCAGGAGCUCUGCUGCAUAAUCAGAUCAGUGGAUUACUUCAUUGGACAGUGGUUGUGCCUUACAUAAGGACAGAUACGUGUGUCUCACAAGAGUUCUUGCAGCAAUCUACCAACUGGGCUUCACAGAAUUUGUUGACCUACCUGCUUUUUUGCUCAAGACAUUCCUGUUGUGCAAACCCAGCCCACCAAGCUGCUGGGAAGUCGUGCCGUGUUCAACCAAGCAGCUUUCUAGAGAGGAGGCAGCCUGGCAAAAUGUGUGUCCUGUCCAGUCACAGAAGUCUUUUGAUUCUUCUCUAAUUAAACAUUGAAUUAAUUUAUGAUUAGUAGUAA